AUGCGCUCAGGUGAAGAAAUAAUUAAUUCCUGCGAUGAGAACGGUCAGUUUGGAAAGAAUUAUAUUAAACGUUUCAAAACAAAAAACAACCUUCCCUAUAAUUAUAUGGAUUUUGGUCACGCAAUAAUAGGAUAAUUAUUCCAGAUCUGUGGAAAUAGCUUUUCUUUUUUCCACACCAGCACGUAAGAGGACUACAUCCUGCAAUAUUCCUGAAGAGGUCAGAGGAUCCUGGCGAGCACCGGAUUUUAAGACCGAGGAAGGUAAUCUUCAGGUUUCUAUCGAUAUUGGUGCGACCUCAGCCACAAUGCACCAGAAAGUUGGCGAGAAGAAAACUGAAAUUAAAUUCGACUGCAUAUCUGGAAGUGACGAUGGCUAUUUUUUGACGAAAAGCGAAGUCCCAGAAUCGUACAAAUCAUUGUAUAAGCAAAUGAGGUAG